UUUGUGUGCACGAUGUCCCUCUAUAAAAAAAAAUUUUUUUAGAAUCCCUUUUCAGAUUUUAUUACCUAUCUUCUUUUCCUUCUUUAGUUCAUUAAGACUAUCUAAAUCUAAUAAUCAAUCAAUAAAAAUGUCUUAUAACGAUAAUCGUGGUGGUUACGACCGUGGUGGAUAUGUUAACAACAACCGUGGUGGUGAAGGAUCCUUUGGAGGAGGAUACGGUGGUGGUGAUAGAAACGGGGGUAGAUUUGGUGAUAGAAAUGGUGGUGGAUUUGGUGGCCGUGGUGGAUUUGGUGGUAGAGGUGGUAACAGUUUCAACAGUAGAACCGAAUUAACCAUUCCAAACUGGGAUUUAGAAACUUUACCAAGAUUUGAAAAGAACUUUUAUGAAGAACAUCCAGAUGUUAAUAGUCGUUCUGAUCGUGAUAUUGCUGAAUUCAGACAAAAGAAUGAAAUGAGUAUUAUUGGUGAAGAUAUUCCUCAUCCAAUUACUACUUUUGAAGAAGCUGGUUUCCCAGAUUAUGUUUUAAAAGAAUUACAAGCUCAAGGUUUCCCAAGUCCAACUGCUAUUCAAUGUCAAGGUUGGCCAAUGGCUUUAAGUGGUAGAGAUAUGGUUGGUAUUGCUGCUACUGGUUCUGGUAAAACUUUAUCUUAUUGUUUACCAGGUAUUGUUCAUAUUAAUGCUCAACCAUUAUUAAGUCAAGGUGAUGGUCCAAUUGUUUUAGUUUUAGCUCCAACUAGAGAAUUAGCUGUUCAAAUUGAACAAGAAUGUUCUAAAUUUGGUAAAUCAUCCAGAAUUAGAAAUACUUGUGUUUAUGGUGGUGCUCCAAAAGGUGAACAAAUUAGAGCUUUAGCUAGAGGUGUUGAAAUUUGUAUUGCUACUCCAGGUAGAUUAAUUGAUAUGUUAGAAAUGGGUAAAACUAAUUUAAAGAGAGUUACUUAUUUAGUUUUAGAUGAAGCUGAUAGAAUGUUAGAUAUGGGUUUUGAACCACAAAUCAGAAAAAUUGUUGAUCAAAUUAGACCAGAUCGUCAAACUUUAAUGUGGUCUGCUACUUGGCCAAAAGAAGUUCAAGCUUUAGCUAAUGAUUAUUUAGUUGAUCCAAUUCAAGUUACUGUUGGUUCAUUAGAAUUAUCCGCUUCUCAUACUAUUACUCAAGUUGUUGAAGUUAUUUCUGAUUAUGAAAAACGUGAUAGAUUAAUUAAACAUUUAGAAACUGCUACUACUGAUAAAGAAGGUAAAAUUUUAGUAUUUGCUUCAACUAAGAGAACUUGUGAUGAAAUCACUUCAUAUUUAAGAAAUGAUGGAUGGCCUGCAUUAGCCAUUCAUGGUGAUAAACAACAAUCUGAAAGAGAUUGGGUUUUAGGUCAAUUUAGAAAUGGUCAAUCUCCAAUUAUGAUUGCAACUGAUGUUGCUGCUAGAGGUAUUGAUGUUAAAGGUAUUACAUAUGUUAUUAAUUUUGAUAUGCCAGGUAAUAUUGAAGAUUAUGUUCAUAGAAUUGGUAGAACUGGUAGAGGUGGUGCAACUGGUACUGCAGUAUCAUUUUUCACUGAUUCAAAUUUCAAAUUAGGUACUGAUUUAUGUAAAAUUAUGAGAGAAGCUAAACAAGCUGUUCCAAAUGAAUUACAAAGAUUUGAUAGAGGUGGAUAUGGAUCUCAUAUUAGAUAUGGUCAAGGUAGAGGUGGUCGUGGUGGACGUGGCCGUGGAGGUCGUGGUGGAUUUGGUGGAGGUAGAUUCCAACAAACUGGAUCCAACUCAUCCCCAAUGCCAAACCGUCGUUUUUAAAGGAAGAGUUAUAGUUUUUAAAGAGAUGAAGCGUAAUAUAGAGAUAAGCUUUUUAAGGGUUUAUUGUAGUGCAUCUUCAACUAUUACUAUUUAUUAUUAGUGAUUAUUUUUAUUAAUUAGUUUUAUUCUAUGUAAAUUAAGUGAAGUAUUUAAUAUAUUCCAAAUUAUUAUUAUAAGGUUGUU